UACAUGUUGUAAAUGGAUCUUCAUUGUUCCGGGUUCCCGCCUUCAUCUUUUUAUUUUUUUCCUGGAAAUAAACCCUAAAUAAAAUCGGGUAAAGACAAACGCAUAUUUUCAAUCGACAAUCCUCAAUCAAUUAGAGCGCAUGCAAUCCUGAUCGAUUAACCUAGAAAUUGAGGUGAUUUGGGAUUAAAUGGAUUCUAGGAUGGAUACAGACUCAUCUGAGCUAUUGGAAAUUAGUAGGGAGAUGAGUCCUAGGUUACAUAGCAAUGUUACGGUUAGUAAUGCCAACGAAUCACUUUCCUUUCAGGAUAAUCCGGUUAUAGAUAUAGAAUCUUCCCAGGAACAGCCUAGUGUUCAAGGAAUUAUUUGCCCUAAAAUUGUUGAGUCGUCUAGAAAGGAACUAUUAGCAGAUUCUGCAACUUUGACUUUGAAGGUUUUGGAUAAAGAUUCGUCUGGGUCCUAUAAACGUGGGACUGAGGGGGAGUUAAGAAGGAGGAUGAGUCCUAGGCUACAUCGAAAUCCUGAGGAUAGUAAUGCUUGUGCAUCGUUUUCCAAUCAGAAGAGAUUUAGUCCCCACCAUCAUCAGGAUUUUCCGGUUAUAGAGAUAGAAUCAUCUGCUCUUAGCUCUAAAAGUAUCGAGUCAUUUAAAAAGGAGGUGCAAUCAGUUUAUUCUGCAACGUCAACUAUGGAGGUUUUGGAUAGAGAUUCACUUGGGUUUCCCAAAUGUGGAAUGAAUGGAGAGUUCAGAAGGAAGAGUCCUAGGCUAAAUAGUAACGUUGAGGACAGUAAUGGCCAUAAAUCACUUUCCUAUCAAAGGAGAUUUGGUCCUCGACGUCAUCAGAAUUUUCCGGAUAUAGAUAUACACUCAUCUGUGGAACAAACCAGUGUUCAAGGAACUCUCUGCUCUAAGAUUCUCGAUUCGUUUAGAAAGCAGCUUUCAGCAGAUUAUACAAUUUCGCCUCAGAAGGUUAUGGCUAGGGAUUUGAACUUUGCGAGAAGGAUGAGCCCUAGACUUCACGGUGAUCGAGAAAGUGAAAAAUUGCAAAAUGUGUGCAAUAAUUCCAGUGAAAAAUUGCAAGUGAUUUCGGUGGGUCAAGCUAAGAGAAGAUUUAGCCCCAGGCUUCAUAGUAAUUUAGUGAGUAAUGAACAAUUGAAGACUACAAGGUCAAUUGAUGUGGAAAGAAGGCUAAGCCCUAGACUUCACCCUGAGCAACAAAGGGUGAAGAUGAAAAUUGAGACUCAAUUGCAAAAACUUUUAAGCCCUAGAAGAAUCCAUUGCGGGCAAGAAAAUGAGAAGAUUUUGGUAAAGACUCCAUUGCAACGGAGGUUAAGCCCAAGACUUCACAAUGAGCAAAAGAAUGAUAACCAGGAAACUCCGCUGAAUGCUCCUGUUGGUGCCAAGAGGCCGCUUAAUGGUUCUCAUGCAGACAAUUCAUAUGUGAAUGAGACAACUUGUGCUUUUCAUGAUGAUGCACCGCGCCAUUUAGCUUCCAAUAUUAUAGUAUGGGCAAAUAAAGCAUUGAAACAAGGUGAAGCUGCAAGUGAUCGUGGUAGGGUAAAGGAGGCGUUGAGAAUUUUUAAUGCGUACUACCUUCAAUAUGUCCAGGUUGAAUUUGUUCGAGGAUGUCCACUUAAGACUGUCUCAGAAAUGACUGGGUUGGUGUGCCGUGACAUUAGCAAUGGUGUCGAAGAAUUUUGCGUUCCUGUAACCAAUUUAAUUGAUGACCCUCCUGUUUGUCCCCCAGGGUUUACAUAUAUCAAGUCUAGAGAAGUUUCAGACAGGGUGAAUCUACCUCCAAAGGCAAUUGGAUGCUCAUGUAAGGGGAUUUGCACAAAUCCCAACACUUGUGAAUGUGCGAAGCUUAAUGGAUCAGAUUUUCCAUAUGUACGUCGUAAUGGUGGGAGAUUGGUAGAGGCCAAGGAUGUUGUCUUUGAAUGUGGACCAAACUGUGGGUGCAGACCAGGCUGCCUUAAUCGUGUAUCACAGAGGGGAAUUAAAUACCGUCUUGAGGUCUACCGUACACCUAACAAGGGAUGGGCUGUCAGGUCAUGGGACUUUAUUCCUUCUGGUGCACCUGUUUGUGAAUACAUUGGGGUGGUGAGAAGAAGUGAUGAGCUUGACGAUAAUGCUGGAAAUGAAUAUGUCUUUGAAAUUGAUUGCUUGCACACCAUAAACGAGAUUGAAGGAAGAGAGAGGCGCUUUGGAAAUGUACCUGUGUCUUCUACUAUCGUUUCACCAAAGAUAAAUAAGAAGAUAUUAGAUAGGGAACCUGAGUUUUGCAUCGAUGCAGGUUCCAGAGGAAACCUUGCCAGGUUUAUUAAUCACAGCUGCGAACCUAAUCUGUUUGUGCAGUGUAUUUUGAGUGGACACCGUGACCUACGACUAGCUCGUCUGGUGCUUAUUGCUGCAGAUGAUAUUUCACCUUUGCAGGAGCUCACUUACGACUAUGGAUUUGCUCUAAAUAGUGUCGUAGGACCUGAUGGAAAAAUCAAAAAGCUGCCAUGUUUCUGCGGUACACCAGAGUGUCGAAAACGUUUAUACUAGUCUUCAACCUAGCCCAGCUUGUGGUGUAGAAGCAAAACAAACAAGGAGAAGGAAAUGAAGGAUUUGCUCUUGUUUACGAAGAAAGAACAAAGAUAUAAAGGCAAAAUAAUAAUUUGCUUACAAUUUUUUUGUAUAUAUACUUCUCAUUAUCUCCUCAUAUGACUUCUUUGUUUUUAAUUUCUAAUUUAAUAAUCUCUAUUGUUUAUUUAUUAUAAUUUUCUUAAUUUUUUCUUCUUUCAAUUCCCCUUCUAUAUAUUUGAUUUUUGUCUUAUAUUUUCAUAUUUAUUCUCUUAUGGGCUAUUUUUAUUUUCUCUCAUCUUUUUUAUUUACUAAUUAACCCUAAAGACUUGUGCUAGUGACUAAGUAGCCCACUAAUGCACUAUAAGGCCAUAAGGCUUUAAUUAAGGCACUCAAAUUGUGGUCCCAAGUUGGGUCACUAGGAGAAUAUGACCUUUUACUAACUCUCUUCCUAAUGACAACCCUAAUUGUGUUUCUUUGCCUAUAUUUAGAAGCUUCCUUUGUUUGACAAAAAAUAUAUUAAUUGGGGUCUCUUUGAUUAGAGAAUGGUGCAAGAAAGGGCAAAAUUAGUGCCCCUCUUGAAAGUCUUUAAUUCAAGACAACAAAGGAGCCACUAAUAAAGGGACACUCAUCACUAAUGAGUAUUUAGUAGAUAAUUAUGCCCAAUUUUAUAAUGAAGGAUGAGGUGGAGAAGAAAAGGGAAGUUUUAAAAAGGAGAAGUCUUUCUUUUAUUGGUCGGGUAUUGCAAUCAACAUCAAUAACUUGAAAUUAAAAUAAUAACAUU